GCUGUAAAAAGUGCGACGGAGCGAUUCAAGGCUGCGGCUGAAACGGCGUCACAAGCGGCUGCUGCGCUUAAAACGAAAUUGGAGGAAACAGAAGUUCUCGACAAGGAUAAGAUUGCUGCGGUGACCAGCUUGGCGAAAGCCGCAAUGAACACGACGACGACGUCUCACGAUUCCGUUACUUCAAUCGGGAAUGAAGUUACGAAAGCAGUGGAAGCAACGACUAGGGCCGAUAAGUUGUUGACGGAAGCGGAGGGGAUGGCUGAAGGGGCCGCGGCCGACCCGGCUAAAGUUAUCAGCAAAGAAGGAGCGCUCGCACAGAAGGAAUUUCAAAAGCUAUCAGCAGUUCGUGAACAACUCGCAGAAGCCCAGGUUAGUGCACAAAAAGCAAAAGAGGCUGCGACGACGGAGAAGGGGAAUGCUUUUAGUGCCAUGAACAGCGCUAAGGAGGCGCUUGAUCUUUUCGAAAAGACGACUCCCGAACAAACGUCACCUGUAAGCGAGGUUCUAAAAACGGCCGCUAAAAAAGUGACUGACUUUGCAUCGGCUGCAGCGGGAGACGCGGAAAAGGCUUCGAGCGCUGCCACCACGGCAUCUGAACACGCCGCGAAAGCCCUCAAAAGUACUGAGUCAUGGCUGGAGGAGAUCGUCGUUUCAUUGCAGGCUCUUAAAAAACGAGAGAAGGAACCUGAUUCGUCAUCUACAGAUGCCCAGCCUCCGUCAUCUUCACCUGCGGAAACGUCACGGGACGAGUCACAGAGCCAGAGUCUCCAACAGGAUCCACUGAGCAGUGUUUCCCCUGGUGGCAAGGCUUCUGAUCAACAAGAAGCUGGCAACACGGCGACCGACAAAGAGAAGCCCUCAUCGGUGCCAUCGGAAGAGAAGACAGCCGCAGAAUCCCUGGAGAAUGUUGCUUCUCAAGCUGCUGAUGCGCCACUGACA